GUAGAGAGUAUAAAUACUCAUUUUCAAAAUGAGAAGAAUUUUUUAAUUGUAUAUUGAUAGUAAAUACUUUUCCCUCUUUAUAAAUAGAAAGUAGAAAAUUCUAAAAGGUUUUUAGAAAAGUCUUAAUAAUAAGAUCAUAAUUUCUAGAUAGAUUAGGAGCAAUUUCAGGAUUGAAAGUCUCUAAGGUGAUCGUCCCGUAAUUUCAGAAGCAGAAGAAAAAUACGGUUUAAAGGAAAAUUAGAUGGUAUUGGAGGAGCUUCAUGUAAAUAUAGAAGCAAAACUUAUUUUUUUUGUUAAACACAAGAAAUGGCAAUUAAAUACCUACUUAUCUCUUAAGAAACUUAUGAAAUUUUUGGCUCCAUUAGAGAGAAUUGCUUUGAGUUUGAACAUAUAAACAUAUUUAUCUACGUCCUACAAUUUUAAAUACUUAUAGAGAGCUUUUUAUAUUAAAUAAAAUAAUUCUAAAGUUAAAAAUUGUAGGAAAAUAAAAUUGAAUCUAAUAAUAUAAUGUUACAGAAGUAUUAAAGAUUUCUUUUAUUCAUCUUAAAUUUUUAUUAUUGAGUUGGCUACUUAAAAAAUUGAGUUUUUUUUUAUCUUUUCUAUCAUUAAGAGACAAGUUAGAAUAUGCUAAUUUUAGUUUUUCAAUCUUGAUUGUAAAAAUCAAAUAUAAGUUCUCAAAUACAUAUUCCAGAACAGUAAUUACUUUAGCAUUAUCCUAUAGAGUAAUUUUCUUUGA